AUGGGGGCCGCGUUCGCGCGAAGGGGCGGGCUGAAGGCGCUCGGGUGGACCUCGCUGGUGGCUCCCGGUGGGUUUGGGCCCCGCGCAGGUGCCAGGCAGGAUAGGCGCUCAGGGCCCCGGCUGCGCUCCGCCUAUGCCCGCGGGAGGCUCAGAGGACCGAGGGCCGCGGUCCGCGGCGGGCCCGAAUCAGACACCUCCGGGGCCACGUGUCCCUGA